CUGAUGAAGGCUACGAAACAGACACAACAAGAGGGUAAAACCUGACGUUAAUUGCUAAUUAAAGUCCUUGACGGAUAGGAAUUUUAAUUUGCAUCUUUUUCAAUUAUAUUUGCGGAUGAAGUGCUUGAUGAUUGAACAGGCAGCGGGUCAAAGUGACCCAUGAACAUGUUUUCCCUGAGAAACCAAGAAAACUUGAUUGCAGAGCUGAAGUCCCUUUUCGAAGCUCCUCUUCAACUUUCCUGCAGCCUGAGCCAACCCAUGUUGAGCAUCUUUACUCUUUGACUGUAUUUUUUUGUGAGUGGACCGACACAAUCAGAUUGGUCGAUCAAUUGGCUUCAUUCUUUUGUUUAAAGGUUUCAUGGAACUGUUCUGGGCUCCUGUUUCCAUGCCAUUUUUUAAAUGCUAUUCUUCCCAUGUCAGUCUGGAAAAUAAACCCACCCCCACUCAUGUCGGUGGUCCUUCGGACUGUCUGGUAUGCUGACAUACUGUGAUUUUGUCCACCACACACACACACACAAGGUUGAAGUCUCGUCGGAUGCGGCCGGCCGACAUUUUGCUGUCACAUUCACGCAAAAGUGCUUCAGAGAAACAAAUGCCGUUUUUUUGGGAGAUAAACAAGCCACCCCUCUUCUGCGAGAAAGGCACAUUGUGUGACAGGAGCGCGUGUGUGUGUGUGAUGUCAUUUAAAGGAGGGGGCAGGUUUGAGUGUGUGUGUGAGUAGAGCAGGUCACUGAGAUGACGCUGGGGAGGGGGCUCGGCUCCUACUAAGCAGCUUUUCCGCCACACUGGAGACCAUCCAGCCAUCCCGACGUCCUCUUCGAGCUGAUAUGUUGCUCAGCGGACGUGGGGAAGGAAAGAGGAGAGAAGGAUGGAGAUCUACAGGGUUUUUUUUUUUCUUAUCAAGUACCACGAAGGGGGUUGGGGGGAUAAAAUACUUGGCAUAGGCAAUCAGAGGGAAUGACACAUAAUUUUAGUUUUUUUAAUUGUUCAUCUGGAAUGCAAGAACACCGUAUUUAUGUAGAAAUGAGGGGGAAGGAUCAUGGUUAAGGAAACAUUAGGAAAGGGCUCAUAAGGGAAGAGAUGUUAGGAAAGGGAGCUUCGGGAAGGGCGGGGAAGGAGAUAUUUGAAUGACAUCUUCGGGAAGGAAAGGCUGUCGAGGGAUCAAUGGGAAGGAGACAUUAGGAAAAGAAGCAUGAGGAAAGAGACAUUAGAAAAGGGAUCGCAGCUAAGGAGACAUUAAAAACACAGAUUGUCGAGAAAGAUCGUAGGCAAGGAAACACGAGGAAAGGGGAGCGUCAGAAAGGAAAAAGCGAUAGGGCCACAUAGGAAAGAGACAUUAGGAAAAGGAUAGUAAGGGAAAGAGACAUUAGAAACCAGAUCCUAGGGCAGCAGACAGUCGAAAAUCUCCUGUAGGGAAGAAGGGACAAGAAGAAGGAGAUCGUCGGACCAGAGACACUAACAAAGGCACCAAAGGGAAAAGGACAUUCGGAGAUCGAAGGGAAGGAGACGUUAGGAGAUGGGAUCGAAGCCAAGGUGUUAUCAGGCAUCUUAAGGAUUGAGCCAUAAGGAAAGGGAGCAAAGGAACGAUGACAUUUGGCAUCUUAAGGAAUGAGACACACUCACCAUACCCAAGUAAGGAGACAUUAGAAAAGAGAUCUUAGGUAAGGAGACUUUGGGAAAGGGAUCGAAGCCAAGGUGCUAUCAGGCAUCUUAAGGAAUGAGGAACCAGGAAAGGGAGCAAAGGGACGGCGACAUGAAGGCAUCUUAAGUGAUGAGACAUAAUCACCAUACCCAGCCUGCGAGUGGUCCCACCCCAAGAUGACGUCCCCCAAAAACCGAACCAAGAAGAAACCCCCCAAAGACAGCAUGACCCUGCUGCCAUGUUUUUACUUUGUGGAGCUCCCCAUCGUGCUGUCGUCCUUGGUGUCGCUGUACUUCUUGGAGCUGACGGACGUCUUGUCUCCCGCCGUGGUGGGCUUCCGUUGCUACGACCGCGACCUCUCCAUGCCCUACGUGGAGACGGGCGAUGAGCUCAUCCCGCUGCUCAUGCUGCUCAGCCUGGCUUUCGCUGGACCCGCCGCGUCGAUCAUGAUGGGGGAGGGCCUCAUGUACUGCAUGCAGUCCAAACUCAAGACCUGCCCGAAGACGGAGAGCAGCAUCAACGCCGGCGGGUGUAGCUUCAACUCCUUCCUGCGCAGGACCGUGCGCUUUGUGGGUGUUCACGUGUUUGGUCUCCUAGCAACGGCGCUGGUGACAGAUGUCAUCCAGCUGGCCACCGGCUACCACGCCCCCUUCUUCCUCACCGUCUGCCAGCCCAAUUACACGGCGCCGGGUGUGGCCUGCGACAACAACGCCUACAUCACGCAGGACAUCUGCACUGGCAAAGACCAGUACGCCAUCAUGUCGGCAAGGAAAACAUUCCCAUCCCAGCAUGCAACACUUUCCGGCUUUGCCGCUGUCUACAUUUCUAUGUACUUCAACGCCAGCAUCGGCGCCACCACAAAGUUGCUCAAGCCACUGUUGGUGUUCGCCUUCUGCAUGGCGGCGGGCAUGGCCGGCCUCACGCAGAUCACCCAGCAUCGAAGCCACCCCAUCGACGUAUACGUGGGCUACCUGAUCGGAGCCGGCGUCGGCGUCUACCUGGCCGUGUACGCAGUGGCAAACUUCAAAGCGUCCGAAGAAGACGCGUCGCCUCAGCCCAAAUCGUUGACGACGCCGCAUAAGGACACCCUGAGGGUGCUGAGUCAGCGCAGUCACGACUCCCUCUACAGGAAGACGCCGCGGGUGUCGGAGAGCCGUGAGGAGCUGGCCGUGGCCAUGGCUUCGGGGGGGCGCAGCAAGGUGAGGCGGGAGAAAGCCUCCCUGGCCUCCCUGAAGCGAGCCAGUGCCGACGUGGAGCUCCUGGCCACCCGCGGGCCCAUGGGCAAGGAGACGAUGGUGACGUUCAGCAACACCCUGCCCCGGGUGGCCAACGGCAACAGCCCCAUCUCGCCCUCCGAUGAGCCGCCCAUCUCGCAGCGCCACAUGACCUUCCACGUGCCCCUGGACCCACAAAGAUCCCGGCAGCUCGUGUCAGAGUGGAAGCAGCGCUCUCUGGAACUCAGGAGUCAAAGUUCCCGGGAUGAGAACGAGAGCGAGGAAGGGACGGAAGUGGCGGAUGCGGCGGAUGAGGCGGGCGACAAGGGGGUGCCGUCCUCUCUCUACCCCAAAGUGCAGGCCAAUAAAGGCAUGGCGACGCCCACCGGGGGUCGGAUGGUCGUGUCUCCUCCGCUGGUCCACAUCCCCGAGGAGGCGGCGCGUCCGCCGCCCGUCUCCCCCAAGAGCGCCAAGACCCGCGCCAAAUGGCUUUCACUCACCGAGGCGGAGAGGAGCGCGGCGAAGGAGCACGGCAUGGGACCCAUCGCCGUGUCCACGCCCAGGGUGCCCAACGCGCAACCUGCUCAGCCACCCGCUCAACCGAGAGUCACUCAGGUGAUGGCAAUGUCCAAGCAACUAAGCCACGGCGGCUCCUCCGCGGAGGGUGGCGGCUCCUCCUCCGGCGGCGGCUCCAACUGCUCCGAGUCGCCCUACUACCGCCUCGCCUCCGACCGGGACAGCUGCAUGGGCAGCAACCCGGGCAGCAUCGCCGGCAGCGGCAGCAUCGUAACCAUUGACGCCCACGCCCCCCACCACCCGGUGGUGCGGGUGACGACGUCCAACGGGAAGCCGUGGGAGUGGAGGAACACCAUCGGCGGCAACAUGAUGGCGGGCGACGCGGCGGUGUUGGAGAAGCACCGCGGUGUGCUGCGAGGGCAGGACGGCGCCCCGCUGUACCGGGACUACCGGACGCUCCCGGUGAAAAAGGAGUCGCAAGGUGGCGAGACUCCGGAGCUCCCGCCCCCGCCGCACCCUACUUCCUCCUCCCCUCUGCCGCCCCCGCCCCAGCUGUCGUCGCCCCAUCUCCCGCCGCCACCCCCUCACACGUCUCUCCUGUCUCACCCGCCUCCUCAGGCGUCACCGCAAAGCUCCUCUUCCCCCUUGCCCCCUCCACCGCCACCGGCCUCUUCCAUGCCACAUCCGCCGCCGCCUCCCCACCCGUCGUGCUCAGCCAUGCUCCCCCCUCCGCCCCACCCCGACCUGCUGAUGGACGACCAGAUGCUGUCCCGCUCGUCCACGCUGCCCCGCCGACCCUCCGUGUCAGCUCGCAGCCACGCCGAGCAGGAGCAUUACUACAAGGCGCUCCAGAACGAGCGGAUGCUAUAGUGCAGCCGGUCCUGAACCUUUGUUGCGCCAUGGGAGGGUUUCACGUCACGCGAUAUUUUGAAAGUCGAAACAAAUCCAAGAAAAAUUCAACAUUUGGAAAUGCCAUUUAACGAGUCGCAUCUUGGGGUCAUGACACGAUGACACUGAAAUUGUUUUCCUUGAGUCCAGUCCACUCACUACCUUUGUUGCCGGCAUUGAAGAAAAUCACAAUACCCAUUGUUAGGGAUUAGGACGAUCUUCUAUGAAUGAACCUUUCCCGAUAUUGUCUCUGAAGCCCCGAACGCACCGAUCGGAAAACAUUUGCGACUGUCGUCGAAGGAAGCAAAAAUGCGCUUUGCCGUCAGGGUUUCUUCAAGGGAGCAAAGGUUCGCGAACCGUCCGGCAAACGAGCGUCAGAUGUUUGCCACCGGUUUAAAUGUUUUUUCUUGUCGCAAGGAAAUUUGGACCAAAGUUCCCUUGCGACAAGUUCAGGUGAGCGUCUGACGACCAUUUGCAAACUUGAACGAAACCCGAUGAGAAUUGAACUUUUGCCACCUGCGCAAAUAUUUGCAAAUUUUUGCGACUUAGUGCAAUGGGCGCUUUCCUUCCUUGGAAAUUGUCGGAUCUUCCCCCUGUCUCAUCAUUUGGUCUCUCCGUAGAAGCUCUUCCAAGACAUUUGUAUUGAAUGGAUUUUUGAUCGGUUGUGGAUUGACUUUUCAUAAAUCGCAUGACUGAGACAAGAGGUUCUUUCUACCUGAUGCCCAAAAAGGAUUUUUGCUCAGACUCUCAGUUUAGUCUGGAACCAAGUGGCCAAUGCAGUGCUGAUUGGGAACCGCUGCUAUAUUGAACGACUCGUAUUUGAAGGACUGGGGGGGCGGGGAGCCGGGUAAAGUUGUGCAGGGUCUUGACAAUUUUGGACUGCCGAUCCAGGAUGGCUUCUUCAAUUCAAAUCCAUGGGAACACUUUUGCUAAAGCGUCCGUCAGCUGUCAGAAGACGAGAAAAGCGAUAAAAAAAAAACGAAGAACAAGAAUUGCCGCCUGUUCGCCGCCAGGGAGGGAAAAGCAUCUGCAGCGGAAAGAGGAGAUAGAACUUCAAAAGGCCUCAGAUUUGCUCAAUCUGUUUUCCUCUGAGAGGACGAAGGAAAACAAAUCAACCGCGGGCAAUGCCAGCGUUCCUAAAGACGACUGCAGCUGUUGCCUCGGCUGCUGGUCUUUGAGACUUAUGUUAGAGGGUCUUGGGGCUAUGUGACCACACUUCACGUUUGAGUCGGCUACUCUUCACUCUCUGGUCAGAUUGCUCUGACCGUCCAAAUUCUUUGGCCAAGUGUGAAUGCUAUCGUCUGAAUCCAGUUAAGAUCAGGCUAACCCAAGACCCAAACCAUAUCAACUAAAUCCAGAUUGAUCAAUCCAAGCCUCAACCCUAGCCCCCAACCCUAAACCUCAAAACUUUCACCGUAACUGCUACCUACCGUAACAAAACUCUUCAAUCCAAACCCCAACAUCUUCUACACCAACUCCUGAACCUGACACUCAAGCUAACCUAGUAACCUCAAUCUACUAACUCCAACCCAGUCCUAACCCACUAAACCUGUCACCCUAAGUCCCUAACUGUAAGCCCAAAUGCAACUCUCGCCCUAAACUUUACAACCUGACAACACUAAACUCCAAAAUGUCACACCUUAACUCAAACCUAACCUCUAACAUUUAUAAUCCCAAAUAUUAACCUAAACCCAAUGCUAAACCCUGAACUCCAAAACCCAAACCCUGACACUCGGCUUUAGAUCUAACCCAAAGCCCAAUCAAAACCCCGAAAACCCUUCUCUUAAACCCUAAACCUCGGUCUUAUUUUACACCCAAACCCCUCCACUAAAAUUAUAACCUUAAACCCAAUGCUCGACUAAACGCUAAAUCCUAACCUGAACCCUAAACCCUAAUCCUUAGAAUUGAAACAUACACGCAUAAUCGUAAUCUAACACCACCAUGACCCCCCCUAACGCUACCCCCAACCUUGAAUCACUAAUCCAAGCCCGAAACCUCAACCCCAGACCACAGAACUAAACACCACACUUAUUUUGACAAACAUAAUUCAGGUCACUGGACUGGGGAGUUCUGUCAUUUCAUCGAUCAGGGCAAAACUAAUCAGAACUCAUCCAGAUUAGUCCACUUCAUUCAGUAUCUCUCCAGACUUUAAAUAUAUGUCCGGCAAAUCUUGAUCAUUGUAGGUAUACCAUGAAAAUAUCAUGAACCAUAACUGCUUUUAUUAGAAAGUGGUGCUAAAAAAAAAACUAAACGAUAAACUCAAUGUAAAGCCAAAUGAAUGAACAAUAAAGUUAUAAUCAAAAGCGAAAUUAUUUCAUCCCUUUCCAGUAUAUCGUGGUCAUGCAUUAUGUAGAAAACAACGAUUAAUCGACUACUCUCUACGUUUCGACAUUGUUGUAUAAAGUUAACUUUUUAGCUUACUUUGUGCAAAUUGUUUCAUCCAACAUCCGUCAACAAGUGCUUUAUUUUUUGGGGAUAUUUUCAUAAACGGCGGACCCAAAAACAUUUAUUAACGAUCCCCGAAAGCUAUUUUGUACAAAUGGGUAUUGUACGGCGUUACGCAUGAGUCUGUUCCCGCUGGGGUUUUCUUUAGUAGGAUUUUGCACAAAAAUUGCACAUAGCGGAAACAUCUUUUUUGUUGUUGUUGUUGUUUUUUUGUUGGUUUUUUUACUGUUAAAUUAUUUUUAAGAAACUAAUAAGACUUCAACCUAAAUAUGUUAAUAUGCCACAUAAAAGAAUAGAUUUUUUUUAAUGGAAUUUUUUUUUCAUUUUCAAAUUUUGCAUUUUCUUGAGUUUUUUUUUCGUUGUUUGUGCGACAGUCACCUUCCUGCAAAAUUGUUCAGUUCAAACAUAAUACAGUGCUUAACUUUUUGUACUAUUUCCUACGAAAUCCUCACGAGAGCGCCUCAUUUAGUGUAGCGUGUGUGUUUUUCUUCAGGUCUUCACCCUUACCUUAUUUAACAAGCCAUUGCUGCAUUUUUAGUGCUUUUGAGUAAUCGUAAAUCUCAUUUUUGAGUGUUAAAAAAAAAACAUCCUUAAUUUUCGUUAUUGAUCUCUUCUGCCAUUUUUUGUUUUGGCGGGCUAUAUUUUCUAUCUGUGUUGAUGUGUGAAAAUAAUUAUCUUGUUGAAUAAAACGGAACAACUUCUUAACUUGUGAA